AUGCGAGAGCUAGAGGAAACUCACAAAGCAAUUAUAUACGACAUUGUUAUUUCAAAAGUCUGGGCGAAGACUGGCAUGAUGAAGUCGUACGCAGCCACGUAUAAGAUCUUGAAUGAAUUGAAGAAUUGCGGGAUGGUACCUAGGACUAUGCUUGAUUUCGGUUGUGGCGCAGGCCCGUCUCUUUGGGCAGCAAAUGAGCUCUUCAAAGACUCGCUGGAGGAAUAUACGGGCGUAGAUAAAUCACUUGAUCAAUUACGAAUGGCUAGAUAUGUGGUCACAGGAGGCCAUCCGGAUCGGGAUACGCCCGGAAUUCGCUUCAAAAAGAGCCUUCCAGAUGGAAUUGCUGGCUCAAAAGAACAGUACAAUAUAGUCAUGUGUGCACAAACGCUUGGGGACCUUCCUGAUAGAAAAUCAAGAGUGUCUGCUAUCGAUAAGAUGUGGAAUAAGGUGCAUUACGAAGGCGGAGUGCUGGUAAUUAUCGAAUCUGGGAGUAUCGCUGGACACGAAAUUGUUCAAGAAGCGCGAUCGCAUUUGAUCGACAACAUGAAAAACUCCUUUGUCGUUGCACCAUGUGGUCAUAAUGCUCCCUGUGGGUUGUUCCGAAAAGCAGAAGGUCCGAUGGCAAACUCUAGGCGGCUUGAAAAGCCAGAAUUAGAUUUCUUCCCCCGUUGCUCAUUCCCAGUGAGAUAUGAAAGGCCUCACUGGGCAUUUACAAAGGGACAGGACGAUGGGAAUCAAAGGACGAUGGUAGUGGAGUCUUUCAAUUACAUCGUCAUAGCGAAAAAUGUUAACCAGCUUCCUCCAGCACUUCAGGCUCCGAGAAUAAUCGCAUUGAAUAGAAAAUGGGGCUGGAAAAGACAACGUACGAAUAAAGCACAUGCAGAAUAUCAGUUGAGAAAGACGCUGCUUGAAAAGGAUGAGCUGAAGAGAUGGGAGUACAACGACUGGGACCUUGAGCAAGAGAUUACUGCAUUUUGCCAUCGAAUUCAAUGUGAAAUGGACCAGUACGAAUUCAGCCAGCUUGUGAAUGCUGAUUUUAAUCAGGAAUAUAUAAUUGCCGUGCUUAAAAAGAUAGUCGAUCAGCCGAAAUGGAAGGAACAAAAGGAGAGCGAAAAGCUUCUGGAAUCUGACAUCUACGACGAGAAUAUUGAAAUAUUGGGAAGGCGUCGUUCCAUGUCAUUUGUUGAUCGCGUGCCUCUUAUCUUCCAGGCUGGACAUGGCGGGCGAGGAGCUGUGGGUGGCAAAGGUGGUGUUGGAGGCCUCGGGGGCGAUAUAAUUAUUCAGCCUUACAAAGAGAUGACUAUGAAAAUGUUCAACGAUCUGAUCAAAAAUCAAAGAAGUCUUGAGCGAACUACAGACGACGCUUUCGUCGAGCUGUCGGAAUCGGAAUACAGAGUAGACGAGCUUGAGGUGACUCCAGAAGUGCCAAUCGUCAGAGCAGCGAAUGGAUCCGCUUGUCCAGGAAACAUUCGCUUUGGAAAACAUGCGCAGAACUUGACGAUUACUGUUCCAAUCGACACAGAGAUCAGAAAUGUGGAUACUGUUAUUAUCGCAAAAGGAGGGGUUGGUGGAAAAGGCCUAACUGGAAAGCGCUGGCAAGAUAGAAAAUGGAAUUCCGAAGCUGAAAAAGAGAGGGCAAAGUCGUGGAUUACUGGACAGCGAGGCGAGUGUUUCAAAGCUUUUAUCGAGCUGAAGCGAAUCGCAGACGUCGGCUUCAUCGGCUUUCCCAACGCGGGCAAAAGCACGCUUCUAAAAGCGCUUUCGAAAGCGAAUCCGCAGAUUUCAGCAGCGCCCUUUACUACAAUUAGGCCUAAUAUAGGCGUUAUAAAGUUUGAGGAUGGGAGACGGAUCGAACUUGCUGAUUUGCCCGGACUAAUCGAUGGAGCUCAUAUCGGCCGCGGCUAUGGUCAUCAGUUUUUGCAUAUGAUCGAGAGAAAUGCCUGUCACUUGAUGGUGGUUGAUAUCAACGGCUUCCAAUUGGAUUCGGGAGGGCCUUUUCGAAGCGCGUUUGAAACGAUUGUGCAGCUCAUUUCCGAACUUGAGCUUUACAACGAGCACAUACCAUCAAAACCGUUCAACCUGGUCCUGACAAAAGCCGAUAUUCCGGAUUCAAACAGAAAAUAUGAAAUUUUAAUGGACCAACUCGACAACUGGGACACAAUGAUGAAGAAGCUCGAGCCCGAAUUGGGACAAGUGCCCUCAUCAAAGCCACGAUUCGAAUCUGUACACUUUAUUAGCCCGCGAUUAGAGCUGAGAAAUAGAGAAAAACGAGAAACUGACAGUGAAGAGCUGGUCAAUCUCAAGAAGUCGAUAAGAAAAUUGAUAAACAAGUCAAAACUUUACGAAGCCGCGAAAAUAUCAGUGAAAAAAGAAGACUCUGAAUUUGAGGAAAAAAGGAAGAACCCAACCUCGAAAGAGUAUCAAAAAGAAAGACAAAACAGGAUAAAGACGCUACAGCAGAGCACACGUCCGAUAGAUCCAGACUUACUGCCUCCCGAGAAAACGAAGGAUUUCGAUUUUUGA